AUUGAAAUACACACGCACAAAUUGAAAUACAUGCGCACAAAUUGAAAUGCACAAACGCAAAUUGAAAUACAUGGACACAAAUAAAAAUACACGAACGCAAAUGAUAAACGAACGCACAAAUUGAGAUACACGCACACAAAACGAAACACACGAACACAAUUCAAAUACACGAACGCAAAUGGUAAACGCACGCACGAAUAGAAAACACGUGCACUAAUAAAAAACCCAUGCGAAAAUAGAAAACACAUGCAAGCCAAAUUUGGCAGUCCAGCAAACAUAUUUAUAUAUAUUAUAUUUUGUAUUAUUUUGUUGACGAAGUAUAAUUGAAUGAAUCCUGAUUAUCAACGAUGUUCUGCCAGACAUGUGGAACUUCAUGUCAGAAAAAUGCAAACUUUUGUGAGACCUGUGGGACAGCAUUAAUCACUAAUGAUGGUAAGAAAGAAAAGGAUGGCAAUUCUACAUCACAGCCACUGAGUUUUAAAGAAUACAUGGAAAGCAGACAUGUGUCACAAAAACAAGAUAUGUCAUUUACUGCCAUGCAGAAACGAAAAACAAAUGAACGAAGCCAGAGCAUUAAAAAAAGAGCUAAGAAAAAUGAAAUUGUACAGAUUAAUAUUGGAAUUGCUGAAAGUGAUAAUACUGGAAGACAACUGAAAAUUAAGAGAGGGUCUCUUCUGCCUAUUGAUGUCAAGAAAUGUGAUUCUCAUGUUGUAGUAAAGAAUCUUGCCAUGGAAAAACAGUUCGCACAUAACAAACAACUAAGAGAAUGUGAUCAAUGUGAAUGGGUACUUUUGUACCCAGACUUUGAUCUUGUGCUAACAAUUCCUGGAAAAUCGGAGCCGUUUUCCGUCGAACAUUACAAAGAAUCCAUAGGCAAACCAUUUUCUCGAGUCAACCUUUACCUCUGUAAAUUGGCAGAUUAUGAAAGUGCGAAUGAUUUAGAGAGCGACCCCGAGAGUGAUAUAAGGAAAGAAAGCAAGACAAGUAUUGCAAGUAAAGAAAUACAGAAUAAGGUUGCUGUCCCCCAGUUGGAUGUUGAAAUCAAUCUCUCUGAAGAAGGGAACACUGUGGAUCUCUCUGAAGAAGGGAACACUGUGGGUCUCUCUCAAGAAUGGAACACUGUGGAUGAAACAACGCAAGUUUUGGCUGAUUCUCUUCCUACAGGAAUUUUUGAAGAUCAAAACUUUGAAGAUAUUGGCAGUAGCAUUGACUGUUUUGCGGACGAAUUAGCAAAGCCAAUGGAGAGUGAGAUAUUAGUUAUUCAUAGGUCUAAUGUAAAGUGUGACUUACUAAACCAUUUUGUGAAUGAUACCUUAUUGCAUAAGAUUGUUGAUGUAAAAAUGCUAGAUCCCAGAGGUAUGGAAGAAAAAGGCGAGGGCGUUGGGGUUGUGAGGGAUGCAUUCUCACUCUUUUGGAAUGACGUGUAUAAUAGUUACAUGCUAGGUGAAGAUGAGAGAGUUCCUAUUAUACGCCAUGAUGUAUCCCGGGAGAAGUGGCAGGCAAUUGCCAGAAUUCUUUUAAAAGGUUACAUGCAAGAACGAUAUUUCCCCAUAAAGAUUUCAAAAGUCUUUUUGUGCUCUUGCCUCUUUGGUGAAGACACUGUCACUGAAGAUAUGUACUUAGAUUCCUUUAUGAAGUACGUUUCGAAAACCGAAGCGCAUCUUAUAGAAAGAGUUCUUUCUAACUCUCUUAGUACUGAUCAUGAGGAAGUGGUCGAUUUCCUGUCGGCAUUUGAAUGCAAAAAACUCGUAACUGCUGCAAAUUUUAGGGAGGUGGUUAUAGAAAUUGCUCAUAAGGAACUUGUGCAAAAACCUAGGUAUGUGUGCGAUUGUUGGAUGGACGUAUUAUAUCCCUUGAAAUCCUUCGUUACGACAAGAGAUGCCCUCUUUGAAAUAUAUCAGUCACUCUAUCCUACCGCAGCAAAGGUUUGUAAGAUUAUUAAAGCAGAUCCUCAAACUUCUGCAGAAAGGGAGUCAAUUAGCCAUCUUAAGCGGUGGAUCAAAGGUUUAGAUGAAAAUGCUCUUGCAAAAUUUUUGAGAUUUUCUACUGGCUCUGACGUUAUUUUGUGUGAGGCAAUCAAAAUUACUUUCACUACGCUUGCUGGAAAAGGUCGGAGACCAUUCUUUCAUACAUGUGGCUCGGUCAUAGAGUUACCGGCAACAUAUGAUGAUUUUUGUGAUUUUAGGGAAGAAUGGUGUAGUAUUAUCUCUAACGUUGACAUUGAAAUGGGCAUAGCUUAAAUACUUUAUCUAAUAAUUUGAUAUUUUAUACGUUAUACGUUAAUCACCUGCUUUGCAUGUGUCAUGUGGUAAAAAAGUUUAACAGUCUUACUGUAAACAUGGUAAAACAUAGUUUAACUGAAAGGGAAA